AAAUCAACGACAAAAUCAAAAAUGAAAUGAAAAUGUUUAAAUCAAAUUCAUCCGGAUCACAGAUAUCACGUUUUGGUUUUAUAAAUAUUGAUCCGUCACGAUCACCCACAUCAUCAUCAUCAUCAUCAUUAUCGAAUCCCGUUUUAACAACACAACAAUCAACAAUAAUUGAAAAUUUAAAUUCAUUGACCACAAGCUUUAACGAUACUUUUUCAAAUAAUAGUAACCCAUUAUCGAAUGGAUUGUCAAAAUGUAUUCUUAAUGAUAGCAGUAUUUAUCAAGAUAAUAAUAAUGGUAGCAGCAGUAUUGUGAUAAAAAAUGGUCAAAAUUCUAGUAGAAGUAUAGCAAACAAUAAAAAUAUAGAUGAAAAAAAUAAGAAUAGUAGUGGCAAUAACAUUCUUAUUAGCAAAAGAACCCAUCAAGGCAACAACAACAAUCGACAAUCCAACAACUUUCAAUCAAAUAGUAGCUGUGCUGGAUACAAUCCGACAAAUAACAAUGAUAGUGAUGAUAGACUGAAUACAAUUCAAUAUAUACCCGCAUCAUAUUCGAGUGAUUUCGGUUGUAUUUCUGUUGAUCGUAGAGGUGGUAGCAGGGUAGCAUCUUCAUUAUCAUCAUCAACAUUACCAACCUCAAAAGAAUUACAGUUUUUCACCAUCAAUGCUAAUAAUCGUCCAGUCAUCGGAUCAUUGUCCAAACAUUAUAAUUAUCAACAACAACAACAAUUACAUAAACAAACAAUUAAUUCAAACUUUGAAAAAAAUUCGAAUAAAAUUUCAUCAUCAUCAUCAUUAAUUUCCUCAUUGAAUGACCAAAAACAUUCACAACAACAACAACAACGCCUACAGCCAAAACAAAUGACCAGUGGCCAAAUUUGUGUUGAUAAAUUAAUAGAAAAUAUUGAAACACAGCCAAAAUCAACAUUGAAUAUUUUUACUCAACAACGACAAAAUUAUAGACCAUGGAAUAAAGAUAAUAUUAAAUUCGUUAAUAAUCGAAUGAUAACCGGACAACAACAAUUGAAUGAAACAUUGAAUAAAGAUUCAUCUGGUUUUCAGCAACAACAAAAAGAUAUUCAUCAUCAUUCAAAUCUACCUAUAUUGUUCAAAUCCUCAUCAUCAUCAUCAACAUUAUUGAAUGUCAAUGAAAAUCGAAACAAUACAAACAAUAGGGAAAAAUUUUCAUCAAAUCAUCAACACCGCCAAACACAAUUUUUAUCGACAAAUACAACAAAUACGACAAAACAAAUGGUUGAUGAUGGUAUUGAUGAUGAUCAUGAUCAUGACAAUAAUCUUCAACAACAACAAUCAAACAAUAGUGAAAAAUUGACAGUGAUGGAUAAUAUUAAUGAUAAGAUUUUGUUGAUUAAAUCACAAUCGCUAAAAUUUGAACCAACAAAUAAUCAACAACAAACGGAUCAACCAAUAAAUCAAAAUUUAUCAUUCAAAAACAUACGCACCAAAUUGGAAUCAUCUAAAUCAUUAGAUAUGGUCGAUGAUCAAAAACUUUAUUCAACUAAUUCAAGUAAUGAUAAUAAUAAUAAUAAUAAUAGUUCAAGAUUACCACGAUCACUAACGUCAUCCUGUAAACGAUUAUCAUCAUCGAUGAAGAUUUGUGGUGAACCAUUUUUUGAUGUAACUAAUGAUCCGAAAACAAUGAUGGCUCAUCAUGAUAAUCAUCAACAAAAUCAGAAUAAUAAAACUAUUGAAACAAAUAUAAGUCGAAGUAGUACGGCAUCAUUAAGUUUAAUAUCAAAUAUGAAUGAUGCAAUUUUAAAUGAUAUUAGUGAUAAUGAUGAUGAUGAUUAUAAUGAUAGUAUUCUUGAUCUACGUGGUCGAUUAUUAACAGCUAUUGAUGAAUCAUCAUUAUCACCAUUGCCAAGCUUUAAUUCAAUAAUCACUACCGAUCAUAAUAAUCAAUCUAAUAAUGAUAAUAAUAAUUCAUCAAUGAAUAUUGGUGUUGAAAAUAAUGAUGACAACAUUGUAAUCAUGAUGACUGAUGAAAAAUCUGUUGAGCCUGAUGAUAAUAUGAUUUUUGAACAAUCAUCAUUAGAAAAUAUACAACAAUUACAACCUGAAUCUGAAAUUAUGGAUGAAGAAUCCGCUUUAUCAUUGAAUUCUAUCGAAUUAAUUCAAGAAACAAAUUCCGAUUCAUUAAAUUGUGUUGAAGAAAAAAUUGAUGCAACCAAAAUUGAACCGAAAAAUGUAGCUAAAUCAUUAAAUAAACGUACGGCCAAUGAUGAUAAAUGUACAUUUAAAUCAAAUAAAUCAACAAAAUCUUCGGUUACGAAUCGAAUAAAUAAUACUGCUAACAAACAUCCUAUAUCAGCAUCGACAAAAAGUACGACAUCGACGACAAAAACAUUAUUGAAUGCAUCAACAGCAUUAAUAAAAGCACAAGUCAAUCAGAAUCGAUUAAUUUCAAAAAAAUCUGGCAUUGCAACCACACGUAAUAUUGAUUAUUUAAAUAGGAAAAAUUUGUCAUCAAACAAUAGCAGUAAACCUUGUUCAACUAAUGUAUCUCGUUGUACAACACCGGCGCUUUCAGAAACUGAUUCUGUUUGUUCAUUGUCAACAUUUACAACAAAUUCUACAAAAUCUAAACGUUCAACAAAAAUGAUUACGAAUUCUGCACAGAAUGUUAAUAAACGGCCUUAUUCAUCAAGCACAAAAGAUAUUCAUUCUACUAAUAGUAAAAAUUAUUAUUCACAUCAGAAAAAUGGAAAUGAUUCAAAUGUUAGUGGAUUGAAAAAAAGUACAACAUAUACUCGUUUAGCGCAAACAUCAUCAUCAUCAUCAACAAAAUCAGCAGUUGUUGCAACACGAAAAGAAAAUGUCAAUCCAAUAAAUAAUGAUAUGGCUGUAACCGGAACCGGCAAAAAUUCUCAUUCAUUUGCAAAGCCAACAACAAGUUAUUUGCGUAAGGCAGCAAACAAUGCACCAAGGCAAUCACCUUCCGGAUUAUCUAAUAUUAACAAUGCCAAUUCAGUGGUAACCAAGACAACUAAUAAACCGAUUGGUAGUGUUAGUGGCGGCGGUAGUGGUCCAUCUUCCACAUUCACCGCAAAACGAUCGCCAACGAUUACAUUAUUGAAUUCACUUGCACUAUCAAAUAAAAGUACAUCGAAUUCGGCUAAUUCAUCACGCCGUUCUUCGAUAGCAUCGCCAACUAAACCACCAGUCAAUCUUAAUUCAAGUAAAAAAGAUAUACUACAGCAGCUUCAAUAUUACGAAAAUCUUUCCUAUGAACGAUUACAAUUGAUUGAAAAGAAAAAAUUAGAAUUAAAACAAUUGAACUCGAAAACGAAUGGUUUCUUAACACUUUUUUCAUUUCUUUUGGCCGAGUAUCGGCCGUUUGAUACGCCAAAAUUAAGAGCCGAAUUAUUGACAGCAAAUCAAAAAUGCAGCAAUUUAAAUCGAGAUUAUGAAUUGGCCAAAGAAAUCAGUCAUCAAAAACAGGCCGAAAUAAAUCUAUUGAUGACCAAUGUUGGCGAGUUGACCAAUGUUAUUGAAGAACAUAAAGAAAAAAUCGCUUCGAUUGAAAAUCAAUACAAUGAACUAAAACAAGAGGCUGAAUCAUUUGAUGAUGAACGUAAACGUCUUGAAAAUGAAUUACAUGAAGCUCAAAGUGAAUGUGCAAAUGGAAAGGGGAUUAUUGCCGAUUUAGAAAAACGAUUAGACAAAGCAGAAGGAUUAUUACGAACUGAUCGUAAAUAUAGAGAAUUAAAAGAAAAAGUUUCGAAUUAUGAGAAAGAAGUCGAUUCAUUGAAUGUUGUUGUUGAUAUGAAAACACAACGAAUUCGUUAUCUUGAAAGUGAAAAAAUGCGUACUGAAUUAGAAUUAGUCGAUUAUGAACAGCUAAAAGAAUCAUAUCAGCAAUUACAACGAGAAAAUGAAGCACUUACCGAAGCUUUAGGAAUGAAAGCAAGAAAGAAUGCUGAACAAAGUAGGGAACUGGAUAUACUUCGAACCGAAUUAAAACGUGAAACAAAUGAACGUAAACGUUUGGCAGCUCGUUAUGAUACAUUGGAAUUUCAAUUGAAUGAAAGUAGAGAUAUGUUGAGUAAUAUUUCCAAUAUGAAUAAUAUUCUUAAUGAAGAAUCGAUAAAGAAUGCUCAAUCCGAUGAAGCCGGAUUUUUUACACCCGGGCAAACAACUAAUUCUAAUUUUGUUGAAUCUUCUCGUAAAUCUCGACCAGGAUCAAAUAGUAAUGCAUUUCGGCAGCUUUUUUCUACACCAAUGAUGUCUGAUUCUCAAUUCAAAUCUCGUUAUCAUUUUCAGCAUCAAGAUCCGGCUUCUGAUACAUCUCAUAGAUUACCAGAAGUUGUUUUGAGUAGUAUGAAUUCUUCUAAUUGUCGAUCAUUUCAUAACAAACGUAAUACAACAACAACGGAAACAAAUGCUGCUACUAAUGUGAACGUCAUAAAUGGCCAUCAAUCAUCAUCAUCAUCGCCACAAUCAUCAUUUCAUCCUCCAACAAAAUUGAAUACACAAACACAUCAUACUGAUCAUCAUCAUCAUCAUCAACAUAAUCAUCAUCAUCAAGAUAUCGAUCCAAUAUCCACCGAUUCAUCUUUGGCAUCUUCGAAUAGUGAAGAACGAGAAAGUAGAUUUUUCGAAUGACCCUACUAAUAAUGAUAUACCCUUAUUUCUGUAAUUUUAUUUUAAUGUUCCGUUGUGAUCACUCUUUUGUAGGAAGGUCGCCUAGUCACAAAGAAUUGCAACCUUCAUUCAUUUGUUUUAAUACACUGAAACGUUCGAGAUUUUUUGAAAUACCAUUUUUUUUCAUCUCUUUGUCUCGUAUGGGUGACACACAUGACGUUCUAAUA